UACUAAAAUAUUUGCCAUUAGCUCUACGUGACCUUUGUUCUGUUCUGUUACAUAAACAAAAUAAAGUAUUCGCCUUUUCACGUAUCCUAUAAUUUAAUCGACCAAGUGUUACAAAAUUUAUAUUUCUUAGCUAAAUCAUAAUAUACAUAUAUAUAUAAACCCUUCGCCCAUGCAAACUUCAAACGAGAAACCACUAAAACACAACACAAGAGCUUGGUGGAGUUCCUCCGAAGACAUGUUCUCCGGCUGUUCGCUUCCACGAGCCUCUGAGAUCGGCAUCGAUGUCGGGAGCUUUGCAUGGCAAAACUUGGACCUUCUUGACGUGAAAUACGACAGAGAUCUUGAUUCGGUUUUAGGGUUACCUUCCCAUGCAGCUUCUCCACCGGAUUGGUACCAAUCUAUCAUCCACAGUGAAGGAAGUGUCGAAGCGAAAUUCAACCAAAAUAGCUUCUUUGAUGGAUUGUUUGAGCCUCAUGAUGAACAACAACUGAGUUCUUGGCCGAGAAUUGAUCCAAUCUUGGACUCUCGGGUGACUGAUGAAAAGCCCGAGUUAUUGGACGGUGUUGCUUUCUUCGAUAACGUUCUUUUCGACGAUUCAGGAGCCGUAUCUGUCUUUCACGAUGUCGAUAUCAGGGCCAAGUCCGAGGAGGAUCAUCAAGACUGCAAGACAAUUACCUCAAAGAGAACUGGCGAAAAUAUCGAAGACUUUGAAGGCUAUGACGACGGAUUUUCACGACUGAAGAGGCCAAGAAUCGAUACACCUUCGCCACUGCCGAGCUUUAGAGUCCGUAAUGAGAAGCUCGGGGACCGAAUCACCGCCCUUCAGCAGUUGGUUUCACCCUUUGGGAAGAAUGACACCGCUUCUGUGCUAAACGAGGCCGUAGAGUACAUCAAGUUCCUCCAUGGACAAGUCGCAGUUUUGAGUAAUCCAUACAUGAAAUCCGGGGCGUCUGUCCACCAGGUUCAGCAGGAACAGAGUUCAGACAAAACAGCAAGUCAAAGAGAAGAUCUAAGAAGACGUGGACUCUGCCUGAUGCCCAUCUCAAGCACCUUUCUGGUCGCUUCUCAGAUGAACCCUUCUGAUUUCUGGAACCUUCCAUUCUGUGUAAACUUCAAAUAGACACAAUUAAAGAUCCUAAAAAAAAGUAGGGUUUAUGAUGAUGAAUGCCACUUCCUCUUCAUUUGUCCUUUUCCCCACCUCAAAUCCAAGGCGUGAAUCACGCCAUUCAUUCAAGAACAGCAAAAGGACAAAAAAUCAACGUAAAAGCAACCAUCUUUAGACAUGUUUCAGUGCUUUUUACAAGCACUGUGAUUAACGGUAGCAUUCAAAUAAUUACCAUGACAAUGACAAUGGCAAUGACCAUUUCAAGAUCCAAAA